AUGAAUAGCGCCGAGGGCCGCACUCAACGCUCUGGGGAGACAGGUCUUUUCCCGCAGGCAUACUGUCCGGCUCAGGCCAUCAACGAGUUUGCUUUCCAAGACUACCUCCAGCUCUUCCUUCGGUGCUCCGAAGCAGAGGCCCUGGACUUCUUCCGUCUGUUAGACGGGAGGAUGCUGGGUGCACUGACUUUCCAGCAGGUCUACCUUGCCACCCUUCUCAUUGCCGCGAUGUCGUCACGUCAGCUGACGAGGUGUCUAUACAUGCAUUCGCAGUGGCUGUUCAAGACCCUGACUGGGCAAAGUUCCCAGGGUCAUCGGGUCGCUUGGAGUCGGGUAAAGACCCUCAUGCAGCUUUUGGGCGCAUCCUGGUACCACAUCUCCUCUUCUUGUCCGAGCACCAGUGAGUUUAUCCCGUCAUCGAAGUUAUCCCACGACGAGUUUGUUGAGGUCCUCUUCGCGGUCCUCGCCCCCUUGGACCGUGGCUCACUAGGACAGCAGCUGGACACGCAGGUGGUCCGACCCCUCUCGAAGGUACCGGUCCAGAAGUCCCGCGCGUGCGUCCUUUUGUGA